CUCGGCUUGCUGCGUCAUCAGGCGGUGUGUUUACGGGGCUGAAAACGGACUGAACCGAAAACGCGUUUAAAUUACAGCUGAUGAUCUGAGAUGGUGAUUUGAGGUGAUUUAAUUGGGAUGAGCUGGAGCUUCACAGCGUGAAGGAAAAGCAGCAGCUAUUGUUCAGCACCUCCAGGAACUCCUUCCUUCAAGAUGCUGAGAAAACUAUUCCAGGAAUUAAGGGACUGGAGAAAUCAUGUGUGAAGGACCUUCGAUGAUCUCUGGGCCCAUUCCACCAGACCCCUCCCUCUUCCCCGAAUACUACAGACGACCUACUUCUGCUCGGGGUCGUCUGGAGGGGAAUUCUAAAAGUGGAUCUUUAACUCUAAAUGGACCCUUAGCCCCAGACCCUGCUCUGCAUCCAGGCUGUUACAGCGCCCGCCCCGCUCAUCCUCCUCCUCGCAUCGGCCCAAACGCCAAACACAUUCUAGAAAGAAGCCAGAAAGGAGAGGUGGGGGCUCUCCUUAAACUGGAGGGAGUCUGCCUGAAGCCCCCCCCUGUUAAACACAAACCUGCAGCUCAGGAUUAUGGGAAAGAGAACGUGCGACGGCUGCGUGAGAUCCAGAGACGAUUCCGUGAGCAGGAGGCGCAGAAAGAGCGAGCAAAGCCGGUUCCUGUCAAAGCCCUGUGGAGCUCUCCCAAAUACCAGGACAUCCCCUCCAGGGUCAUGGCCCAGUUACAAGAAAAAAGCCACCCCAAAAAGGCAGAAUGCCAGAACUUCCUAAGAGCUCACUCUGUGUGUGGGGCGGGGGGUCGGCCUCAACCUAGUCGGCCUCAGUCUGUGUCGGCAUCACCCUCUGAAAACGGGCAAAAACCUCAAACAGCAGAUCCAGAGAUGGAGGUGAGAGGACACUUUGUUGACUUUGUGAGUCAUAAUGCACGCGCUGCGAGAAAGACCGCACUGAAACGCUCUCAGUCUCUACAGGACCUGAACAACAAGCAGCCGCCGAGCGCAGUGAAGGGCCGAGUCCCCCAGUAUCUGGAAGAAAGAAAGGAGCAGUGGAGGAGAGAGGCAGAAGAGAGACGGAGGAACGCUCCUGACCCGUCUGCACCUGCUGGACACACUCAGAUGUCCGACAGAGAGAGGAGAGAAACUCUAAAUUCACUCAGAGAAAAUCACAGGUCUCUGGUGAGUGAGCUGCUCUCUCUGCCGGUCAGGGCGGAUACGGUGAGCGUGAGAUCACGCCGAGCAGAGCUGGACCAGCGUCUGUCUGAAGUGGAGGAGGCCAUCAAGAUAUUCUCUCGUGAUAAAGUCUACGUAAAAAAUGACUCUUAAUAAACACAAUUACAGUGUUCAUUACUUACCCAUCACAUUUAUCACAUAUAAUCAAACACACUGAACCUCAGGUGUUUUGAUAGACAAAAUAUAUUUCUAAAAUAAAUAAAUCAUUAAAUAACAAAGCAUUAGUUAAAGUUUGUAUUUGAAAGAGGAAUCUAUUCACUGUUAAUUAAUAUCAAUAUAACAAAAAUGUAAUUGCCAUAAUUUGUGUUAAACUCUGAGAGGUGCAUUAUUUGUCUUCUUAUUUAUGGCAUCACUCAGAAAUGUAAUUUUAAGGAAUACAUUUAAAAUCUCAAGUGUUGAUUUUUAAUGUAUAUUUUCUGUGAUUUCUGGAACUUUUAUAUUUUCAUUAAGUGGCUUCAGCUAAAGACGUUUCAAUAUAAUGAUUUUCUGCCAUUUUGCCGUUUUAAAUCACUGUGCCUUUUACAGUAUAAUGAAUGGGGUAGAAUAGAAAAAGGUGGGUUAAAAAAAUAAUCUACCAUAUGUACUGCAGUCUAGUUUAAAUUAUGUUAUUUAGUGUUAAAACUGUGGGAAUGGUAAAGAAACAAUGUUAUUUUUGUUGUUAACAAAAUAUUAAUUUAAAUAAUAUAUAUUAUUAAUAACAUAAAUAACAACAAACAAACUAUUUUUUACAUAGUGCUGCCUAGGAAUCCAUGUGUGAUCUGUGUGAUGUGUUUGAUCUGUGUGAUCUAUAUGAGUUGAAUAAAUAUUUCAUGUGAUUUUGAA